UGAUAGUUGUUGUCAGUUGCAAAGGCAUAGCCAUUCAAAGUGGAUGGUCGGUUGUCGUUGAGUUGGUGGAUGGUCGUGUUGUCGUUGAUACUGUGUUUUGUUGUUUUCUUCCACACAAUUCCCCAUUUGUUUUGCUAAAAUUGUUUUCAAAUAAAAACAAACAAGUCCACUCGCAAGAGCAACGUUUCUCGGCAUGUGGAAUAUGAAAAAUGCAUCAGUUGCAGGGUGCUGCCUUUAAUAAACGGGAGUGUCGUUCUUGUAUGCGUGUGUGUUGUGACGACAAAUUCGAGUCUGCACCAGAGAAAUAUCCUAAUUUAGAAAGAAGUGAAAAAGGCCGCAACAUGUGCAAAAAUUAUUAAAAAAAAGAAAAGGAACCAGAGAAGAAAUAUCUAAUUUAUGUGCUUUUGUGCAAAGAAAUAAUAAUAAUGAAAAAUUAUUCCUCACAACAAUCGAAAAAAAUUCUAAGAGGAAAUUGUUCUAAAAAGGUAAACAACCCCUAAAAACAGCAUCGGAAGCAGGCCGACGACCAACAACCAGACAACUAGGUUGCCACAGUUCAUGAAAUGUGCGAAAAUAAUCAAUGCAACACACGAUGAGCAAAUAGGAAGUUCUUUCGUGUAGCUGCCGGAGAGUUGAAAAAAAAUGUGAAAAAGAUAUCCAAACACGCCCUGGAACCGAUACCAAAGAAUUAUUAUAGUUAAGUGAUAAGCCUAAAAGUUGUGAUAAAUCUGUGGCGCCCAAUGUCACCAAUGCGAAAACAAUAACUAAGUUAAGAUUAAAUUUAGUAUUUUAACAACAACCAAAGGAAACAAUAGCAACAACAAAAACCACACAAAUGACUGCCAACGGUUUACUUGGGCGGACAAUUGUUCAUGAUGGCACACGCUCUAAUCGUCGCUCCUUAGCCUCCCUUAUUGUGGGUCUGGUGGUGGGAUUUUGUUUGGCCGAACUUUUCGUAUUAUCCACACCGGAUAAACCAGAAUGGCUACUCUAUGCCGGUCAUCAACAUGGUGACAUCAAUGAUGAUCCCCAUGCCAGUCAUGACCUCAUGGAUGUUGCUGGGCCAGAAAUGGAUAUUGGUAGUCAUCAGCAUGCCCACGAAAAUAAUUCAGUGGCACAAAAGUUGUACAAUGAAGUUCGCGUCCUCUGUUGGAUAAUGACAAAUCCGAAAAAUCAUCAGACCAAAGCGAGACAUGUCAAACGAACGUGGGGCAAGCGGUGCAAUAAACUAUUAUUUAUGUCGUCGGCAGAGGAUGCGGAAUUGGGUACAGUGGCUCUGCCCGUUGCCGAGGGUCGCAACAAUUUGUGGGCCAAAACAAAGGCGGCCUAUCGUUACAUCUAUGAAAAUCACAUGGAUGAUGCAGAUUGGUUCUUUAAGGCCGACGACGAUACUUAUACCAUAGUGGAGAAUAUGCGUUUUCUACUCUAUCCAUAUUCACCGGAGACGCCCAUAUAUUUUGGAUGUCGAUUUAAACCGUUUGUGAAACAGGGCUACAUGUCAGGUGGUGCCGGCUAUGUGUUGAGCAAAGAAGCUGUACGACGUUUUGUUGAGAAAGCCAUGCCCAAUUCUAAAAUGUGCAGUCCCAAAAACAGUGGUGCCGAAGAUGUUGAAAUCGGCAAGUGUUUGGAAAAGGUUAAUGUGAUCGCAGGCGAUUCCAGAGAUUCCCAUGCUCGAGGCCGAUUCUUUCCAUUUGUACCGGAACAUCAUUUAAUACCAAAUCAUACGGAUAAGAAAUUUUGGUAUUGGCAGUAUAUCUACUAUAAAACAGAUGAGGGUCUUGAUUGCUGUUCGGAUCAUGCAAUUUCCUUCCACUAUGUCACCCCUAACCAGAUGUAUGUCCUAGACUAUUUAAUAUAUCAUUUGCGACCGUAUGGUAUCAUCAAUGCACCCGAAGCAUUGCCGGAAAAAUUAAAAGUUGGCGAAACUGAGCCACCACCUGUAGCCACAUCGGAUACUGGUGGAGUGGGGGCAACAUAAGUUAUCAAAACAUAAAACAUGAAAAAAGUUCUUUAGUUAUAUAAAGAUAUAAACUAUAUGUAAUCGAAAAUCAAAAGCCGUUGUAUAUACAGAUAAUUUAUGCAUAUAUAUUUAAUUGGAAUACGUUAGUAUAACAUGGGCUUAAAGGUUCCGGACUCUGUAACAAGAAAUAUGUUAGUAAUAAAAGUAUGUAUUUUUUAAUUUUUAUUUUCAAAAUUUUUUGUACGAUGUGCAUGUUUGUUUUGUUUUUUUUUUUAAUAAGUAGAGUCGUUGCUAGCACAAAUUAUAUGAAGUCCCUAAAUUGAUGAUAAAAAUAACUAUCUUCGCUGAAGAUAAUUAAAAAAGUAAAAUAGUCCUUGACCUUUUAGCCCAUGUUAAAUUCUUACAUACAUACCUACAAUAAUCCGAAAUAUUUUGCCAUAUGAUAAUUUUUAAUUUAAAAUUAAUUAUCUACGUAUAUAUAGUUAGUAUUUCUUGUACGCAAUCCUCAGUCAUAAAACAUACAUAUAUGUAAUGAAAUAUUUUUAUUAUUAUUUUAUGUUAAUUAGUUCAAUUCGUUUUGAGAAUUGGUUUUUAGUUAAAACAAACUACUUUUCUACAAAAGACAUGACAAAAAAUACGUAAUAAUAACUUUGAAUUACAUUAUUAUUUUAUUUUUUGUUAAUUUUUAUAUAAUUUUUUAUUUUGUAAGAACAUCUUUAUAUGUGAUCACUUUAUUUUCAAAAAACUCAAAUUGUAUUAAAGCACAAAGAACUAAUGCUUCUAUAUUUUUUGUUUUCAAUUCGUUUAAAGUUCUCGCAUUUAUAGUUUUUAUAUAUAGAACGUGUGAAUAUAUUAUUGAAAAAAAAAAAAAAAAAAACAUACAUAA